AUGUUGAAAAGGAGAGAGGCAGAAACCCCAAAGGAAAAACAGCUGAAGAAGGAGAAAGUUCCCGGCGUGAGAUUCAGGGGCGAGGGACAUCAGGCGAAACCGGGCGAGACGACCACCGCCCGCCUCACGCCGCUGGUGCCUGACACGCAGUACCUGGUGCGGGUCCUUGCGGCCAACCACCUGGGCGCGUCCCCGCACUCCGAGCCUUUGCAGGUGCGCACCGAAGGCGAGGCCCCUUCUGCGCCGCCGACGAGUGUCCGGAGCGACGCCGUCUCGCCCACCAGUUUGCGAGUCGUGUGGGAGCCUCCGCCCGCCCACACGCACCACGGUGACCUGCUGGGAUAUCACGUGGGCGUUCGGCGCCAUGACCUGGGAAAUGAUGAGUCGUAUAACUUCAGCGUAGUAGGCGUGGGCGCAGGUGGAGGUGGGCGAGAAGUGGUAACGGCUCUGCGGGCGUGGGUGCAGUAUGCAGUCGCCGUAAGAGCGUACAACGCCCACGGAGCCGGACCCGUGUCUCCGCCCGUCGUGGUCAGGACGCUAGAGGACGUGCCGUCUUCUCCCCCCGUGGGCGUGGAGUGCAGCGGGGGAGCCGGAGGGACAUCGCUGUACGUGAGGUGGGCACCGCCGCCGCCCGCCUUCCACAACGGCCUGUUGCAGGGCUACCGCCUCACCCUCACGCGCCUCGAUGACUCGACAGAGAAGGUGGAAGAGCUCAUCCGAAUGACGAGUGGGCGCGAGGAGAGCGUGGGCGGACUGCGGGCGUGGUCCAAUUACACGGUGACGGUGGCGGCCGUGACAAGGGCGGGCGCGGGCGUGUCCUCGCCUGAUCUCAUCUGCACCACGAGGGAGGAUGUUGCGGGCGUCCCUGGCGGACUAAGAGCUUUGCAGUCAGACGUGGGCGCAGCUAUCCUCACGUGGCUGCCUCCACACCCCCCCACAGGCGUGCUCUUGGGCUACACGCUAAACCACCGGCCGCCCCACGCCCGCGCGCCCUCACAGCACCCUCUCCACGCCCACGCUAAUUCUCACACCCUCACGCACCUCAGCCGCGGCACACACGAGUUCUGGCUGACGGCGAGGACGAGGGCGGGCGAGGGGAAGCCCACGCCCACGCUCAAGCUCACCAUUCUGGACCAAGUGCCUGCGGGCGUAGCGUCCUUAGGCAAAGAAGUCGUGGCCACACUGGGCGACGACGUUAGAUUUGUGUGCUUGACUGUAGGCGCGCCUCCGCCCAUGCCCACCUGGAGUGUCGACGGCAGGCACCUGGAGAAGGACGGGCGGUUCACGCAAGAGGCUGACGGCUCGCUCGUCAUCCGCGGCGUCGAGCGAGGUGACCUCGGCAACUACACCUGCUCCAUCCACAGUGUGCGGAAGUCCCCAUACGUGCACACUUCCACCACGUACGUCCUGCAUGUGCAAGUGCCACCGACCGCGCCCUCAGUGCACAUCGCAGACGCCACAUCCUCUACGCUGACGGUGUCAUGGGCGGCGGGAGACACGGGCGGCGCUCCAGUCCGUGCAUGGGCCGUGUGGUGGCGGGCGGCGGUGGGCGGAGGAGUGUGGCACACGCGGGAGCUCGGGCGGACACACUCCAGACACGUGAUCAACGAACUACAAUGUGGAACCGAGUAUCAGGUGCGGUUGGCAGGGGGCGCGCCGUGCGAGGCAGGGAGCGGCAGGGAGGGACAGCCUCUCCUCGUGCGGCUGUUCGGAUCCUGUUGUGUGGAUUUGUUAACCGAUUACAUGCCAGUUUGA